AUGUUGCUUCCCCCUGCACUAUAUUCCCGCCUGGCCGGCGAGCCCGGGGCAGCUGAACCGCUGCCCGUGGAGCGCAACCCUGCGGCUGGGGAGGCACCCUUCCGAUAUGCGCCGCGUCCCGUGCGCUUCCCGCGGGAUCACGAAUUCUUCGAGGAUGGGGAUGUGCAGCGGCACCUGUACUUGCAGGACAUGCUCACGCAAGUGUCCGAGACGCCGGAAAAAUCCAUGGUGCCCGAGUUCACCUGUCAGGUGGCUGGCUGUUGCCAAGUGUUUGCCGCCAUAGAAGACUACCAACACCACUACCACAUGAUGCAUGGAAAUACCUGCUCCUUCUGCAACCGCGCCUUCCCCUCUGGGCAUUUGCUGGAUGUCCACAUCCUGGAAUGGCACGAUUCUCUAUUUCAGAUCCUGGCCCAGAGGCAAGACAUGUACCAGUGCUUGGUUGAAAGCUGCCCAGAGAAGUUCAAGACCAGCCAAGACCGGAAGGAUCACAUGGUGAGGCUACACCUGUACCCUGCGGAUUUCCGGUUUGAUAAGCCCAAGACAAACAGAGGCCCAGCCAUGCCAGCUGCUGCAGACACAGCAGCCAGAGCCCUGAGAGAUGACAGCGAUGCCAUGGAGGUCUGCUUGGAACCUGCUGCCCCACCUCCCUGCAGAAGGACCUACAGUCACAGGUCUGUGCACAUCUUCCUGUAUAACCCUAGGCUUGAAAGUGGGCGACACUGGGCAGGAAGAUGUGCUUCAUCGCAGGUGACACCCUAAAUAUUCUAGUUUCCCUCCCUUUGCUUUGGAUCCUGGAGCCCAGCAUGUAGACACACACACACACACACACACACACACACACACACACACACACACGAUGACACUGUCAUCUGCUGGGUGGAACUGACGACCUUCUCCCACACUUGCCUGCCAGAUAGUCUUCCUCAGAUUGAGCUAAUAUCAACUGUUAUUUUGGGACAUGUAUGUCCCUCAGUUGCCUUCCAGCCGCCAUCUUCCCACAGUUUUUUGGACCUUGGCCUGUGAGUACCCUGCCUGCCUGUAGUGAUUAGAUUUCAGCAAUGUAGCUAACAGGAAACCAUUGCAACAGGAGCCCCGGCAGGAGCCGACCUUGCUGGCUAAUUUCUUCUAAGCAAAUGUAUGGUGGUACCAGGAAGCCAUCCCACAGGAAGUAGGUCUGAGACCAGGAGCUGAUCCUAGGACCCAAGAGGGCAGACCCUGUUUCCUGAGUGUCCCACAGAGCCCAAGGAGAACAUUCCAGAAUACAAAUGUGAAGGAAGUACAAGCUGCUGUUGUAAGUUUGGCUGCAUGUUGUCAGAAGUAAUGCCAUUGUUUAAUAUGACUGCUUUUCUGUUCCAGAAUACCUUCUACUGUCUGUUUUGGCCAGGGUGCAGCCAGAGGGUUUAAAAGCACCAAGAAAAAAAACAAACACCACUGAUGGAUCCAGGCUAGGAAAGCCAGACAGACUUUCAGGGAGGGGUGUGCCAGGGCCUUGCUUCUGGAUCGAUGCCCUGAGCUGGACCCUUGCCACCUCCUUAUUUCCAUCUCUGGUCACUUGAAACAACCAGUGUGAAGAAACCCAGGAUCUGCAGAUUCCAGAAAUAACCAGGAACACUGAAGGAGGGAGGUGGAGAGACCACUUACCUGCUCUGCAGUACCUACUCUAAGAAUGUCACUAUGAGCACAUGUAAUAAAUUCUUUUUCACUGA